GACUUUGAGGAGCGAGGAGAAGUUUUGUUGUACAGAAACAGCGAAGUGUCGGCCGAGUGUCCGCGUCAGUGUCCCUGUCCGUUUCUCUGAGCCUUAGCGCUUUAUUUAUCCGCUCACGAUUGUUUCAGCAAUUAAAUAAGUGGAUAAACUCUCCGAUAGAGAUGAGCUUUCUAUUCGGGAGUCGUUCGUCAAAGACUUUUAAGCCGAAAAAGAACAUUCCCGAGGGCUCGCACCAGUAUGAGCUGCUGAAACAUGCCGAGGCGACGCUGGGUAGCGGCAACCUGCGCAUGGCUGUUAUGCUCCCAGAUGGUGAAGACCUCAAUGAAUGGGUGGCAGUAAACACUGUGGACUUCUUUAAUCAAAUCAACAUGCUAUAUGGGACCAUCACUGAUUUCUGCACUGAAGAAAGCUGCCCUCUCAUGUCUGCUGGCCCAAAGUAUGAAUACCACUGGGCUGAUGGGACCAACAUUAAAAAGCCAAUCAAAUGCUCUGCUCCAAAGUACAUUGAUUACCUGAUGACAUGGGUUCAGGACCAGCUUGAUGAUGAAACACUUUUCCCUUCAAAAAUAGGCGUCCCUUUCCCUAAGAACUUCAUGUCCGUGGCGAAGACUAUCCUGAAGCGACUGUUUCGUGUCUACGCUCACAUUUACCACCAGCACUUCGACUCGGUCAUCCAGCUGCAAGAGGAGGCCCAUCUCAACACCUCCUUUAAACACUUCAUCUUCUUUGUUCAGGAGUUUAACUUGAUUGACAGGAAAGAGCUGGUACCUCUUCAGGAGCUGAUUGAGAAGCUGACCUCUAAAGACAGAUAGACUAAGCUGGUUUGUUCUUUUUACCCGUCUCCCCUUUCUUACUGUGCACAGCAGCCUGGUUUUGUUUUCUCUGUCGUUUUACAGAUUUGUGGGACUCGCCCCUGGAUUUGACUUUUAUCGUCCACACUUUUAACUUUGGCAGUCGUAUGCUCCUCGUGUUUCUAAUGUCCAUGCGACUUUUUCUCGAAAGGAAAAAAAGAACAAAAAGUCGAUCGUAUCUACGUAAGUGCCUGGCGUAUGUCCACCUACAAAUCGUGAAUGUUCUUAAAAAAAAAAAAAAAAGCGAAAAAAAAAACCAACCACUUGUCUCCAUAAUGCUAACUAUGCCCACAAUGUGGUUUGGGGGGUUUUCUUUGGAACUUAUUGAACAACGCAUGCAGACACUUUGGUAAGAGAUAAAGCCAGUAAUCUAAACCUCAUUUCCAUUGAUUUUAUCACAUCUGGAGUUUUGUUUUGUUCUUUUUCUUUUUUUUUAUACUUGAGUUACAUACAUUAUAUCUCUUAGCCACAAUCUUUUUGCACUGAGUUUGCAGUCACCUGACGACUUUUGUACUAAUAAAAUAAUUGAAUAGUUAAAUGAAUAGUAAAAUAGAUAGCUUUAAUUCGAUUUAAACUAUAUGUUCUUCUAAUGGUGGGUUUUGCAGUUUAUGGUGGGAAUGGGAAUAGGGUAAUGAUUACUAUGCAAUGUCAAUAUUUCGUUUUUUUGUUUUGUUUUUUCUUUUUUCCCCCCCACAUUUGUUUUUUUCCUCCCAGAGGCAAGGCUUGUAAACCCCAGAGCUAGUGCCAAUACCUAACCCACUACAGUCACCUUGUGUAGGUAAAAAACGCAACAGCGGAAAUCCGUCCAAGUUUUUCCUCGUCGUGUUUCUGUUCCUUUGUCUAUAAAAAUGUAAAACAGUGCGAAACAAGGAUGAAGCUUCUAAACAGUCUAAAUGUGUAAUAAUCUGGCAAAUAAAUGACAGGGUUGUGGUAUCUAAUGUGUAAUCAUAGGAAGACAUUUAAUAUAAUAUCGGUUGCUGUUUUGUUUGCACUUUGAAUCACCAACAUAAUGAGAGGUUUUAUUUUUACUACUACAGCUGCCUCUUCCCAAAUUAGUGAUUACUGAGACAUGCUGCGAACAUGCUGCAAAAUGAUCGUUGUUCCCCAACUGCUAGAAAAUAAGUCGAGUUGAUAAAUGUUUUCAGGUUAUUGUAAUAGAUAGAACUGCUCAACUUUCUUUUUUCCAGACUUUAUUUCUAGAUAUUAGCAUUUGUCUUCAGCCAUGAUCGAAUACACUGUAUGUUUUUGUUUGUUUGUUUGUUUGUUUCCUGAGAAACUUGUAAAUAAUGUACACACAAGGUAUGCAUUUAAAAUAAGAUACAGAUGUUUAAACUUGCAAGACUUUUGUGGUACAAUAUUGAAUGCUGUUUAUAGUGUAAUAAAAAUGUUUGAAGAUUU